AUGAGUGGCGGCGGAAACAACGUCGUAAACAGAGUAUUCUACGAGACCUCGCAUCAUCCCAUUCAAGCGGGAAGUAUUGACGGAACCAACGUUGCGGCAUAUGAUAACGGCGUCCAUCGAGCUCUCCUCUGUUACAGCACCGGUCUAUAUGAUCCCUUUGGCGAUUUGAAAGCCGCCGGAGAUCCUUAUUGUACCUCUCAUCUUACUACAGAGGAUACUCGUCGUAAGGCCAUGAGUAAAUAUGGCAAAGUUAAGAGCUUGUGCUUGAUCAGACACAUUGUGACGGGUGCCUCACGAGGAUAUGAUUUUGUGGAGUAUGAAACUGAGAAGGAGAUGCGUCGUGCUUACAAGGAUGCUCAUCAUUCAUUUAUUGAUGGUCGAGAGAUUAUUGUUGAUUAUAAUAGGCAGCAAUUGAUACAUGGAUGGAGGAUACCAAGAAGAUGA